GUUUCCUCUGUAGAAAUAGUUUUCCUGGUGGAAAAGAAAAGAAUAAUUAAUACAAAAACUGAAUAUUUUUUUCCAUCCCAGAUUAGUGUGCUACGGUUGCCUCAGGGAAAAUAAAUGAAACAGUGCUGUAAGCAAGGCGUUUCCAUAUGCAGAGUAAAUGUUGUGGUCUUAAAGUACAUGAUGUAAAUAUCAUGGGCGGUAGGAUGCUGUGGACGUUGCCCGGUCAGGUGCACAUAACGAGUCUCAUGAGGCAAAACCAUGGAGACGGAAUUCUUCUGAGAUUUCCUCCUAGUGGCAGAAGCCCUAGUAUUUCCCUCUAAUAAAAACAGCUUGGCCUUUCGCACUAAACUCAUCUGUAAUUCACAGAUGGUAUGUAUCAAAUAUCCAUUUACGCUGCAUCGUAAUGUAUUGUUCCUCUCAAUGUCUUUCAUUCUCUUCCAGUCCAUGGCACGCUCCAGAUGCAAUGGAAAGAUCCUAUGUCUGUGUCUCUUGCCUUGUGUGAUGGUAAGUCACCUGUUGGUGUACAUCAUGGUGUCCAUAUUUGUAGCCGUCUCCUACUCCCCUCCUCUACCACAGCUGCCCCUCCAUUUCAUUGCCACUGGAGCCUCCGCAAACUCUGGAGCUCUUGCAUCCCAUCCAGUUCGGCCCUUCUGGAAUCUCCGAUUAGAGGACGGGGCACUGUGGAACCGCCUCCAGCACAUUUGGGAUAGAGAGCACAACCCUAUAUUGAAAGGUAAUGGCACGAGGUCCAAAGGUCCAAGCCUUGAUCUGCAAGAGAUUGGAAAAACUGGUGUCUGUGAGCAAGACCCGACUUGGGCAUCUCACCUGCCUGACUUUAACACCCUUCCUGAUCAAAUGAAGGAUUUUGUCCUGUCCAUGCACUGCAGGCAUUACGCUAUCCUCGUGGACCAACCCAACCUGUGUGGCGGGCAGGACUCUAAAACGCCGUCCCUACUAAUGGCAAUCAAAUCCCAAGUCGGGAACUUUGAGAACCGGCAGGCCAUCCGAGAAACGUGGGGAAGAAGCGGUUGGAUCCAAGGAGAUGGUGGAGGAAGAAGCUGGUUUGUACGCACCGUCUUCUUGCUUGCAAGGCAGGACACUGAGACAGGGCCUCAUCCAGACCUCAGUGCCUUACUGAAGCUGGAGAGUAGCACCCAUAAGGAUAUCCUCCUGUGGGACUUCAAAGACACUUUCUUCAACCUCACCCUGAAGGAUGUCCUUUUCUGGGACUGGCUUUCAAAACACUGUUCUCACGUCCACUUCAUUUUCAAGGGAGAUGAUGAUGUGUUUGUUAGAACUAAGGCUUUGCUGGACUACUUAAACCGUGUUGGAGUAGAACAGACAAAUGGGAAUAAAACAAAAGAACGGGAUGAUUUUGUUGUGGGGGAUGUUAUUGCCAAUGCCUGGCCCAAUCGGCAACCCGAUACGAAAUAUUACAUUCCCGAAAGCUUCUAUAAAGGAACGUAUCCGGCCUACGCCGGAGGUGGAGGAGUGGUUUACACUGGUCCUUUGGCCUUGCGUCUGCAGGAGGUCUCGCGUUGGGUCAGCUUGUUUCCUAUCGACGAUGUUUACCUAGGAAUGUGCCUUCACAGGCUUGGGGUGUCCCCUACUCAUCAUUCAGGUUUUCUUACUUUCGACCUUCCGGGGGAACUGCGGGAGAAGCCGUGUGCUUAUCAUAAUGUUCUCCUGGUGCAUAAACGCACCCCGAAAGAAAUGUUAACCCUGUGGAAAGAGCUACAGGUUCCUCCUCAGGAGUGCUAGUGUACACUUGUUCAUGAAUUUAAAUUAGGGAAAAUGAUGUCGCGAGGACCUGGACUUCAAAGUUAUUUUCAUUUUUUUACCACAAGGUAUUUUCAUGCUGAGCAUGUUAAUUUGCAUAAAAGGCCCUAAUUUUUCUGUGAUGUUGGGCUGUGCUCAGGGCUAUGUGUGCAGUGGUUAUUUUAAGGAGAUUGAAUUGGCAUUAGACAAGCUAAAAAUAGCAUACAACAUGGUUGACUUCAUAAGACGGGGGUCUUGGUUAUAGUGGCUCUUGUUCUAUGCGAAUAAGCAUGUGAAAGAAUAUCUAAUGGACACUUGUAGAGUCUCAUGUUGUUGUUGUUGUUAUUAUUAUUAUUUUAAAGGAUUUAAACAUUUGUGGCCCAAAUACAAAGAGUGAAUCAAUAAAUUGUCAACUUAAUUCAGCUUUGUAUUAAAGAAUUAGUUCUCUCCAGAAUUAAAAUGUCCUGAUAAUUUACUCACACCCAUGUCAUCCAGGAUGUUCAUGUCUUUCUUUCUUCAGUCGAAAAUAGAUUAAGGUUUUUGAAGAAAACAUUACAGGAUUUUUCACCAUAUAGUGGACAUCAUGGGGAUCAACAGGUUGAAGGUCCAAUUUGUAGUUUCAAUGUAGCUUCAAAGGGAUCUACACAAUC